CCGGUGGGGGGAAGAACAAGGCAGGCACCACCGGAAGCGAGGAAGGUGCUGUGUAAUUACUGCGGCGCUGAGGCUGCUGCUUCUCCGAAAAUGCCGGAUUACCUCGGUGCGGAUCAGCGGAAAACCAAAGAGGAGGAGAAGGAGGACAAGCCCAUCCGAGCUUUGGAUGAGGGUGAUAUUGCCUUGCUGAAAACUUAUGGUCAGAGCACUUACUCUAGGCAGAUCAAGCAGGUUGAAGAUGACAUUCAACAACUUCUCAAGAAAAUUAAUGAGCUCACUGGUAUUAAAGAGUCUGACACUGGCCUGGCCCCACCAGCACUCUGGGAUUUGGCUGCAGAUAAGCAAACACUCCAGAGUGAACAGCCUUUGCAGGUUGCGAGAUGUACAAAGAUAAUCAAUGCUGAUUCGGAGGACCCAAAGUACAUUAUCAACGUGAAGCAGUUUGCCAAGUUUGUGGUGGACCUCAGUGAUCAGGUAGCACCUACUGACAUUGAAGAAGGGAUGAGAGUUGGUGUGGACAGAAAUAAGUAUCAAAUUCACAUUCCACUGCCUCCUAAGAUUGACCCAACAGUUACCAUGAUGCAGGUAGAGGAAAAACCUGAUGUCACAUACAGUGAUGUGGGUGGCUGUAAGGAACAGAUUGAGAAACUUCGAGAAGUAGUUGAAACCCCUCUACUUCAUCCAGAGAGGUUUGUUAACCUUGGCAUUGAGCCUCCCAAGGGCGUGCUGCUCUUUGGUCCACCGGGUACAGGCAAGACACUCUGUGCUCGGGCAGUUGCUAACAGGACUGAUGCUUGCUUCAUUCGAGUUAUUGGAUCUGAACUUGUGCAGAAAUAUGUCGGUGAGGGGGCACGAAUGGUUCGAGAGCUCUUUGAAAUGGCCAGGACAAAAAAAGCCUGCCUUAUCUUCUUUGAUGAAAUUGAUGCUAUUGGAGGGGCUCGUUUUGAUGAUGGUGCGGGAGGUGACAAUGAAGUACAGAGAACGAUGUUGGAAUUGAUCAACCAGCUGGAUGGUUUUGAUCCUCGCGGCAACAUUAAAGUACUGAUGGCCACUAACAGACCCGACACUUUGGAUCCAGCACUGAUGAGGCCAGGGAGACUGGACAGGAAGAUUGAAUUUAGCUUACCUGAUCUAGAGGGCCGGACUCACAUUUUUAAAAUCCAUGCGCGUUCAAUGAGUGUUGAAAGAGAUAUCAGAUUUGAAUUGUUAGCACGACUGUGUCCAAAUAGCACUGGUGCUGAGAUUAGAAGUGUCUGCACAGAAGCUGGUAUGUUUGCCAUCAGAGCCCGGCGAAAAAUAGCUACUGAGAAGGAUUUCUUGGAAGCUGUAAAUAAGGUCAUUAAGUCCUAUGCCAAAUUCAGUGCUACUCCCCGCUACAUGACAUACAACUGAGCCCUGAGCUUUCAUGAAAACACUUUUAAUUGGAAUCCUAAGCUUAUAUAGACUUGUUAAUAACCAUUUCACACAAAAAAUAAAUGGUUUUAAAAUGUU